UUUGCAUGUUCCCAUCCAUCGUGCACGACGCGCAAGGGCCCCUUAUCCAGCUCUCCUGUGUACGAGGAACACCUCCACUGGUGAUCAGCCUUCGCCCGUGUGUUUGUCUUACGGAGAAGCAGCGAGCAGGCGGCAGCAGCAGCAGCACCGUGUUCUGCAGGAGUGGGUUUUUUCAUUUACAACUAGAAGAAGAAGAAGAAGUCCUGAAGGUUUUGGAUGCGGGUGCUUCAGGGAUGUGGGCACUUUGAGAGCAGCAUCACCCACCAACACAAACAACUCACAUCGAUUUUUCUGUGAAUAGCACCAAAAACAAAGAGGAACAAUAGCAAGACAACAACAAAAUCUUGUCUCUUCUUGAACACUUUUUUCCAGCGUGUGGAUACGGCUCUAACUAAGUAGUGCACUUUGAGAAUUGUUCACAUCGGACGGACUGAAGAGGGAGGCAAGACCUGUGGACCGGGUUUGCUCUCUAUCCCGAGACCCCGAAGGAUAACUUGGACGCUUUUUAAUUUCCUUCGUUUAAUUUCACAGGAGGCUCGCUUUUUUAAAAAUUGUCCUAAAUGUUUGGGAUUCAGGAAACUAUACCGCGAGGCGGGACGACGAUGAAGGAGGAACCGCUGGGUGGACUGAACUCAGUCCGCUCAUGGAUGCACACAGCUGGGGUGGUGGACGCGAACACAGCCGCCCAAAGCGGUGUCGGCUUGGCACGGGCACAUUAUGAAAAGCAGCCUCCAUCCAACCUCAGAAAAUCCAAUUUUUUCCAUUUCGUCCUGGCGCUGUAUGACAGACAGGGUCAGCCCGUGGAGAUCGAAAGGACAGCUUUUGUGGACUUUGUGGAGAAGGAAAAAGAACCAACCAGUGAAAAAACAAACAAUGGGAUUCAUUACAAACUACAGUUAUUGUACAGCAAUGGCGUCAGAACAGAACAAGAUCUUUACAUACGGCUAAUCGAUUCCAUGACGAAGCAGGCCAUAGUUUAUGAAGGACAAGAUAAAAAUCCAGAAAUGUGCCGAGUCCUUCUUACCCAUGAAAUUAUGUGCAGUCGGUGCUGCGACAAGAAGAGCUGCGGAAACAGGAACGAGACCCCCUCAGACCCUGUGAUCAUCGACAGGUAA